GAAUUGACUUGUAAAAACACGCGAAGGACGAGACUUCACCACACGUGGAUUCCGAGGUCAUUGUAGAAAUUUACACCUUGUAGAUAAAAAUGAAUUUUAUAAAGGAUGCACAAAAGAUGGCGCCUGGUGGCAAGGGUCUUAAAGCAGGCAUAGGACUCCUUGCGUUAGCCGGUGGUACAAUUUACGGUCUAACACACUCGUUUUACACAGUUGAUGGUGGUCACAGAUCUAUAAUCUAUAGCCGGAUAAGUGGGGUACAGCAAAAUGUCUACCCAGAGGGGCUCCAUUUCAGAGUACCCUGGUUCCAGUAUCCCAUUAUCUACGACAUCAGAGCCAGGCCACGGAAGCUUUCCUCACCAACUGGUAGCAAAGAUUUACAGAUGGUGAAUAUCUCCCUGCGAGUAUUGUCCCGCCCAGACCAAAACUUCUUACCACACAUUUAUCGACAGCUGGGACAGGAUUAUGACGAACGUGUGCUGCCAUCUAUAUGUAACGAGGUUCUAAAGUCUGUGGUUGCCAAGUUCAAUGCCUCACAGCUUAUCACACAGCGUCAACAAGUCAGUAUGCUCAUACGACAAGAGCUGCUCGAUCGUGCCAGAGACUUCCAUCUCAUCCUCGACGAUGUGUCCAUUACAGAGCUCAGCUUCGGCAAGGAAUACACAGCUGCCGUUGAGGCAAAACAGGUAGCACAACAAGAAGCUCAGAGGGCACAGUUUAUUGUGGAGAAAGCAAAGCAGGAGAAACAACAGAAGAUCGUCCAGGCAACUGGAGAAGCUGAGGCCGCCAAACUUAUUGGAGAGGCUAUGUCCACAAACCCAGGCUAUCUUAAACUGAGGAAGAUCCGUGCUGCCCAAAGUAUUUCCAAAACGGUUGCUGCUUCUCAAAACAGAGUUUACUUGAACGCUGGAAACCUUAUGUUGAACUUGAGUGAUAAGGACUUUGAUUCUGUGAUGAACUUCAGACCGACAUAGACAUUUGGAUGAGUGUGCUUAGUAACAGAUAUAAUCUGUAGUGUUGUACUAAUUCCAAGGUUUGCAGGUCAACAAGGGCUACAAACAAUUAUGUUUUGUGUGUUAUAGAUAUGAUGGAUGUUGUGAUGACACCUGAACUUUGUUAAGUGGACAAUAAAGAAAAUCAAACAUGAACAUGACUUGAACAUAAAUAUAUUACGAAACAGGCAGUUUGAUAUAAUGUUUUGUGUUACUCUGUAAUAGCAUGUACAUGUAAUUACAAGUAAACAAAAAAUAUUUAAAUUGAAUUGUUGUUGGGGAAAAUAUUUGUAACUAAUCUUUUCUAUGAACGUUAAGCUUCAUUAUAUAGAGUUUUAUAGACAUAUAAUCAGCAAAGCAUUAAUAGUUGUAUCUACCUGUAGAUUAAUGGAAACAUUUCUUUCUAAAUAAAUACUUACAUAUUUCUGAAAGUUUAGAAGUUAAAUCAUGAAUGAAGGAUACAAAGUGGAUGAUUAAUUAUAAUGUGAUUUAUCAAUGUUUGAAAGGAUUUUAAUGGCUGUCGCCGAUUGGGAUGUGUUGAGGUCAUCAAUGGUAAACCAGUCACCAUGAAACUGUAGAGACAGUUGUCAGACAUUCUGCCCUACUGAUCCUGCACCUUUGUCUGACGGAACAUGUAUUUGCCAGACCAAUUUGUUUGCUGUAGAUAUCUUUGCAUUUCGGGUAUUUACUUCCCUACUAGCCUUUUUUGCCUUUUGCUUCAAGGUCUUAAGAUGUAGCUUGCUUUUUUAUAAUGACAUCCCAGUUAAAAAUAUCAACAUGAAGGUGUUUUCUAGUAGUGCACAUCCGGUAACAAUGGUGUCAGUCAUUGAGCCUACAAAAGAAUGGUGAGCUGGCGCUAUAAUGAACACUUUGACUUAUUCUAUCGGAAGUGUUCGAUGGUCCAACUAGUUUCAUGGAGACUGGUAUAUCAUGUCAUGUUGAUGACCUUGUCAAGGUCAUCUAUACGACAACGGUUUUAAUUAUGUCGAGUGUAAAUUCUGUGACCAGUGAAUAAAAGAUCAAAUUUCU